AUGAUGGGUAAAAAAAUUGCUAUAAUUGGUGCCGGUGCAACCGGUAUGACAUCGGUAAAAGCAUGUUUGGAACAACAAUUACAACCGAUUGUAUUUGAAAAAACCAAUUAUACUGGUGGUUUAUGGCGUUUCAAAGCCGAUAUGGAUGAAAAUGGUAUUGCUUCGGUAAUGAAAUCAACGAUCAUAAAUUCAAGUAAAGAAAUGUCAGCGUUUUCGGAUUUUCCACCACCAUCGGAUUUUCCGAAUUAUAUGCAUAAUACAAAAAUGGUUGCCUAUUUCGACAUGUAUGGUGAACAAUUCAAUUUCCUCAAAUAUGUUCGUUUCAAUCAUGAAGUAUUAUCAUUAGAAUUAUCUGAUGAUUAUGAACAAACUGGACGUUGGAAACUUUGUGCACGUAAUCUUUCAACGAUGGAAAUAUUUGAAGAUAUUUAUGAUGGUAUUAUGGUUUGUACUGGACAUCAUGGUACAAUAUCGAUGCCCGAAUUUCCCGGUCAAGAUCGUUUUAAUGGUAAAAUUUUGCAUACACAUUCAUUAAAACAAUCGAAUGGUUUUGAAGAUCAAAACAUAGUUGUUGUUGGUAUUGGUAAUUCAGGUGGUGAUGCAGCUGUUGAAUUAUCAUAUGUUGCAAAACAGGUUUAUUUAUCAACCCGAACCGGUUCAUGGAUAUUUAAUCGUGUUGGACCAAAUGGACAACCAUUUGAUCAACUAAUGCAUCGACGAAUUAUGAAUGAAUUUUUUCGUCAUCUACCAUAUUCACUUGUAUGUUCAGUUGUUGAAAUGCAACUGAAUUCAACAUUCGAUCAUGAAGAAUAUCAAUUAAAACCAAAACAUCGUGUUUUAUCACAACAUAUUAUGGUUAAUGAUACAUUGCCGAAUCGAAUACUUUCGGGUACGGUUAAAAUUAAAAGCGAUAUUGAUCAUUUUACUGAAAAUGGUGUAGUUUUCAAAGGUGAAAACGCAAUAACACCUUGUGAUUCAGUUAUAAUGGCAACCGGUUAUAAAGUUCAUUUUCCAUUCAUAUCGGAAACAUUAAUUCCUGUUUAUAAAAAUCAAAUCCGCCUUUAUAAAUAUCAAUUUCCAGCACAUUUAAAACAUCCACAUACAUUGGCAUUUAUAUCAUUGGCACAACCAAUCGGUGCUUUAUUACCAAUCGGUGAAUUACAAGCACGUUGGUUUUCAUUAUUAAUGGCCGGUAAACUUCAAUUACCUGAUCGUAAAACAAUGGAACAAGAUAUUGAUUCAAAAUGCGAUUAUAAUAAACGUUUUUAUCAAUCCGAACGACAUACAAUUCAAUGUGAUUGGAUCGAUUUUAUGGAUGAAAUAUCCGAACAAGUUGGUUGUAAACCACCAGUUUGGAAAUAUUUGUUUACUGAUUUUAAACUAUUUUUACAUAUAAUGUUUGGACCAUGUGUACCGUAUCAAUAUCGUUUGGUUGGACCAAAUCAUUGGCCAGAAGCACGUCAAGCAAUUCUAACUACAAACGAACGUAUUCGUGCACCAUUAAAAACAAACCAAUCAAUCAAACGUCGUAAGGAUUCGGGUAAAAUUCUUCAAAAUUUUACAAUGAUUCAUAUGAUCAUAUUGUUAGGAUUAUCAUUGAUUUUUUUCAUUGUUAUUUUUAUAUUUAAAGCUGUUUUUAACUAAGAUUCAAAAAACAUAACUUAUUAUGGUUGAUUUUAUCGUUGUUGGUUAAAU